AUGCGGGAACCUGUACCUGCUGCGCGGCACCUUGGCUCAGCCGGUCGCUUCAAAAAGAUGGGACCAGCGCUGGCACUCAGGAUUCCAAGGCCGUCCGUGUCAUUGCUCGAACUGGAAGCGGAGUUGGAAGCCUUGUAUCGUUACACAAUGGCACCUCACAACGGCAUGACCAACACAGAUCGAACGGGCGGGUCAGACGAGGACAGCCGGAGUGGUGCAGCGCAUCGUGAAGCUGCUGAGAUGGUACGAGAGGUACUCAGCGCAGGGACGGACGAGUGCAUCAUCAAGAUCCGUGCUCGCUCCCGGCGAUUAGUCUAUGUGGUUUCAGUGCAGGCGAGCACGGUCCUAGAAGAGGAAUUGGGUCGCUUGGGCGAAGUCAAGAAGCUCGACAGUGAAGAUCAGAAGGAACAGGUGGCUCACGACGCAGAGUUCAAGAAGGCAAAGGAAGGACAGAUGUCGAAGGCUGCGAAGAUGACAGAAGCACAUGGCCAGAUGCUGAAUACGCUAUUGCAGAUGCGGGGCAGUGGGCAAACCUUGGAAGGGGCUGCUGCCUCAGCUGCCACGAGCCGCGACCGCACCGAACUACCUCCAACUGUGCCCGACCAACGAGAAGGUGCAGCCAAUGAUAAUGAUAAGAAAUUGCUAGGAAAGCCGAUUGAUGAAGCAGGUGCGGCCAAGUCAACAAAGACUCAUGCAGAGCGAAAGCACUGCGACCCAAAAAAAGUAGGCGUGGCUGCAGCGAAAAAAACUGCACCGAAGGUCGCAAAGAAACCAAAGCAAGUAAGCACACAGCGGGGAAAGCACCAGUUCCAUUCCAGUGCGGCCAGGAAGGUAGACGUGGCAGUGCCUCUGCGCCGGGUGCGCCGAAAAACAUCACCAGGCUCCUUGAAGGAAGGCGCAAUGUCAGGGGGCAUGGCAGCAGAAGACAUGGGAACGAAACCAACCGAGGACGAUGAUGGCGAUAUCUAUCUUUUGCGGCUGUGGAAGCCUUCUCAGGGGAAUCAAGAUCCACGUGCAGUUUAUGAUGCAGUAAGACAGGAGGUAGCUACGCUGCUAUCCGACAAGCCCACCUUGCCGGAACACUGUUGGAGAGCAGUCAAUCCGCUGAAAGCAUAUGACUUACCUGAUUUUCAUUGUGCUUUUCGUACCUGCAGGUACGAGUGUCUAACGCAAAAGGAGCUGGCAGAACACAUCACCAACCAGCACGCAGACGCCUUACAGAGUUUAUCGACGCAUUGGCGACCGCAAGUCUCUGAACCGAAAGCAACCCUGCAAGCGUAUCACGAGAUCUUAACCUGGCGCUGUCAACAACUGGCACCCAUUGCCAAUUGCUCUAUUGACCGGCGAUGCUUACGCAGACUGCGGCUGAACUUGCGCGGCAAACAAGUCGGUGCCGCAAUUUGUUUUAUUUGUGCCCGUAGGUACCCUUUCGUGCAAGAUUUCCCAAAUCAAGAAAUUAGGUGGCAGCGCGCUUUUGACCAAGACACAGGGCAGUUUUUUGGGCAAAGUGCAGAAGAUCUUGAAAAAAUGCUAGGGUUCCACACGUACCAUGCCCGUUAUGUCUCUACCCUCCCGGCCGACACACAGAUGAAUUUGCAACCAGAACUGGAACAGUGGACGUGCAACAUGUCUUGCCCUUCCUACACGAUUCGUGUGGUUGCAUGUCCCGAAGACAAAACUUGUUAUAGGCGUUGUUCCCGGGAGUCUGUGUGCACGUGCUGUGAAGUUCCAAUUUGUUUCUCUUGUUGGAAGUAUGUGUAUCGACAGAGGAGCAAACCACCAGCAGCAUUAAGCAACGAUAUGCUCCUCGGACAUCCACCGCGGGAGAUCUAUGCCGAAGAGUGCACCGUCUUAGAACUAUUGUGUGCAAGUCCUUGCCUGACUGCUCUGACCUGUUUUAGCAUUGAAUGGCGUUACUUGCAAGAUCGGAGUUUAGCUCAAGAUGCAUUUAUGAAUCGGCACCGCCUAUGCGCUAAAGGCAAUGCGACGACGUUUCCGUUGCCAUGGGAAGACCUGCUGUCCGAAUUCCACCGUUUAGACAACAACCUUGCAUCAAACACGACUGCCUGCUUACCGCACGUAGGCAAAGCAUUAAGUGACAAAAUCGCUGUCAUAAUAAAAAUAGGAGACAAGAAAGACAAAGCAGCGAUGCGUCAACACAUCAUUCACCAAGCAAUUGUGCGUCGUCGUGUCGUUGUGAGAUUAAUCGCAACAAUGGUUGCGCGAAGCCACCCUGCUUAUAAAGGAAUAGAUAUGACACUCGUGGAAGCACGGGCGGAAAUGCUACCAGAAAAUGACGUUCCCGCCGAAAUCAUUGCCUUAUUGGACAACGAUGGGAGUCUGAAUCAUGUCUUGCGGCAAAAAGCAGCUACGCCCGUCAAUGACCAAAUGUCUGAAGAGCAAGCUAGUUGUGAGUUCGGACGUUUGCUGAAACCGAACGCUGUCGUUCUAGAGAAAACAACUGCUGGAUGUCACGAUCUAAAUGCGCAACACGUGUCUGCACUGGAAGAAAUCGUGACCCGCAGUCUACCAGCGUCCGCGCAGCCGCUUCCAGAAGUGACACUGUAUACAGGCACCAAACUUUUGGAUCAGUUUCAGCCGCUUUACUUUGCUUUAGCUUUUCCCUUUGUCUUCCCCUAUGGCAUUGGUUUGCCUGAUGUGCCCCAGUGGAGCCAACGGAAACGGCUUCGACGUCACCCGGACGAUCCGCACGUCGAGCUAAAUACAUGGGUCAAAGUCAUGGCGCGACGCAUCGAGGCGCAAGUCAGUCGUGAUUGGGUUUGUGGCUUUACGUCGUGGAACCUGCUUUUUCGAUCAGCCUUGAAUCUGUCCCGGACAACCGAUGCAUACUCGCGCAGUUUUUACGAUGAAGAGACGCAAGAAUGGGUGCAGCCAACUGGAAAGCAUGUGGAGCAAGCAGCACAACAGCUGUUGGUAGCUCUGAAGGGAUCUUAUAUAGAUGUUACAGGUCAACCGCGUCCAGUCAAAGGAGAUGUUUCCAAACUCAAAUAUGUGCAAGGCCUGAAACCGAUGGCGCGGAAAUUGCUCACGAACAUGCGACACACAGCGCAAGGGUUACCAGGGACCCAAGAAGCGCGAAAAAGAAUGCGAUUCGAAAUCCAGGCGAUGCGAAUUCGGUAUGGAGUACCAUUGUUUGUCACCUAUACGCCAGAUGAAGCACAUCAGCUGCUCUUUGUUCGCAUGACACGCGUUCAAGCAUCUGAUCCGGUACGCGCUGCAUCUGUCGCGCAAGAUUUCCCAGCCGGCGACAUGUUUUUCCCUGACCUCGGCAAAACAAGUGCGGGGACACCUGGGCCAUUUGAAUAUGAAUUCACGUUACCAAUGUCUUGGGCAGAGCGUCGGGAAGUUCUAGCAAGGGAUCCUCUAGCUGCAGUGGAUGGUUUUCGCGCGCUCACACAUUUAAUGUUGAAGCACCUUUUUGGUGUGCGUAUUUGUCCGUUUUGUCCUGAUUGCAAUCGCUUCCCUGGAUUAGAGCCGUGUCAAGACCUACGCGGAAGCAAUGCAGAGACAAGCGGCGGAAUUUUUGGGCGCGUAGAUGCAGUCUACAUUUCCUUAGAGGCGCAAAAGAGCACAGGUGGCCAGCACGGGCACAUGCAAGUUUUCGUUCAAUGCCUACACCAGCAUACCUCAUUGGCAGACAUUUUUAAAUUGUCAGCUUCACGCCUGGACGCUUUGCGUCGCGAAUACGAAGCAUACAACGCCCACGUGUGCCACGCAAGCUAUGCGGGUCAGUCGUCCGCUGGUAUGGAGGCGCGAAUUGUGGAUGCUGAAGCGUCGUGGCCGUCGCAUGAGCAUGAUACUACUAUGACCGCGUUGCCCGACUAUGUUUUGCGUCGUGCUGCGGCAGCAGACGAUCUAGAAGCAGAGGCGACCGAAUGGCAAAAACAGUACUUAGAAAACGACGUCGUCCAAUUGCAGCUUCUAAAGCAGCAUCACUACCAUCCAUACAAUGAAGUGACGCAAGCACGCGUUCCACUAGCAGGCUGCCAAAAAAGCGAUCGGCCCGGAUUGUGCAAGAGCGAUUUUCCUCGCACCCAGUGGCUCUGCUCCGAAACAACCGUGUUAUGCCCCUGCAAACUACAGUUGCAUGGUAUGCCUGUGGGCGGAAGGAAAAAUCGCUUAGGAGCUUUGCAUGGUCCUUGCGGCCACGAGUGGUUGAAUGGUUGUGCGCCAGCAAUGUUAGCUGGAUUGCGCGGUGUCAAUUGCGAUGUCCAAGUCCCAUAUCGACUACCCUACGCAUGUCCAACCUGCGGAGACACCCUUACGACGCAAGAACGUCACGAGAUUUCACGUGCGGCGCAAAGGGCGCAAGAUGCACAGACAGGGUAUUGUGCCGAUUAUUGCUCCAAAAGUCAGCCUAUGGGACACGGAGAAAUCAAGGAAUUUCAGAAAGGACAUGAACAGUUGUAUGCGCAACACGGUUGGAAAUGUUUAGACGAUGUGGGUAAGCGACAUGCAAAUCGAUUUCUGAGUGAUGCAUACCUAAAAGGUGUAGUGCGUGGGCAAGUAGAAUGCUGUAACUUGCGCGCGCAUCACCGCGAACAUGCAGUAGUUGCAGCUGAGCGCAUUGCCACAACAACGUUUGAAAGUUUCCCUGGAGCUGCAUUCGCCGAGUUCGUGGCUAUGUAUCACAGUGAAGCAGCGAGCGCGUCAGCAACCAAGCGCACCACUACAAAGUGGACACGCCGACAGGCCUCUGGCGUCCGACAUCUCGGUGCCGUCGACAUCGUGCAAGUUUACGGUCACCGACCUGCUGCAUCCGAAGUGUGGUGGUUGUCGCCGUACGAAUUUGUUGCCGAAUGGGCAGUCACGCUUGCCCGUGUGCCAACGACACAACGUGAAUGGAAUCACGAAGAGAAGUCAAGCUGGGAUGUCACGUUGACACCAGCGGGUAUUCAAGAAAUGCAGCGACAAACGGACCCAGAUAAGAAAAUACAGUUGCAACCGGAACGCGAUUACCAGCUGACAGUGCCAUGGACACCCAAUCGCAUUGGUUUACAAGAGACCACCGCAACCAAACAGCUGCGACAUCGUUGCUAUCUCCAACGGCGUAUUCGCCCAUGUUGCCCGCACUUUGAGAAUUCGCCCGUUCCUCUGCAGAAAGAAAGCCCACGAGAGGCCAACGCAAGAUUGACGAUAACCUAUUUUCGAGCAUGGACAUUGCAAGCAUCUAUGGCGUCGGGAAACGUCCCAUUUGUCGGUCGUUUGAAAGCGGCUGAAGCAACUUGGGUUGAUGCAUUGCGCAUGUGGUUGACGCAUCUCCCAUGCGAAGAGACAAAACGGUACGUCGGUAACUUUCUUUCCGUGUAUCGCGUACGCCCGAGCGGCGCAGAAGACGCAAAUAGUGAUGACAGUGGCGUGGAUGAGCCAUUGCUCGUCACUCCGACAACACUUCCCACCGCACUACAAACAUCUUUUCGAAGAACGGGACAACAACGAGCGUCGCGCACCACGGACCUGCCAAAAGAUGCCGACACCAGACUUCUUGCAAGUUACGAAGAAGCUGCGGCACGAGCGGUAACGACGUGGCAGCACUAUUCCCGCUGCGUAGCGAAUGACACCACAAGUAAUCCGUUUGCAGCGCACGAUCCGAAAGCGAUUCGAAGAGGGUUGAAGGCUUUAGAGGGCAAACGCAACAAUGCGAACGUAAAAAUGACCCAGGCGGCGGCGGAAGGGAUUAAUGAGAUGAAGAUCUCCCUCAGUAAGAUGAGGACAACCUGUAGCUGUGGUUCGCGACGUGCCUCAGCCUGGGAGGUGGCGAAGGGCUCCUUCUUUAAAGCUUUGUCCAGGGUUGCAUUGAUGUGGGAGAUUCGUUCCACCUAUCUCAAAUAUAGUUUCCCUGGUGAAUGCAGCUCGAAAGAUGCAAGGGCUUUGAUCAACGAAUGUCGAGCCGGUACCCUGAUGCUUCUGACAGCUGCUGCAGGCUCUCCCAACGACCAUCACCAGAGGACGAUCGAUUUUCCUUUGGUGAGCGGCAGAUCCCAAAGAGGCAGCGGUUGCCAAGUGAUUCUUCUGUCAGAAAGCUUCUCGGCUUUCAAAGAGAUGCCCACACGACAGCUGCAGCUGUUGCAGCGUAGCGAAUCCGAAAUGGGCGAACUGGCCAACUUGUCAUCUCGAGGCCUGAGUUUGGCGAACCAGGCGGAGCUGCCUGGGCCUGGGAAUGCCUGGGAUGACCAGACACAAGGGGUUGAGGUUGAGUCCAGCCAUGUCAUCCGUGCACUGCGCGCUGCGCUCCAGGGGCACUUCGAGGAUGGAUUGACAGGACAAAGCAGGUCAUCUCGAGGCCUGAGUUUGGCGAACCAGGCGGAGCUGCCUGGGCCUGGGAAUGCCUGGGAUGACCAGACACAAGGGGUUGAGGUUGAGUCCAGCCAUGUCAUCCGUGCACUGCGCGCUGCGCUCCAGGGGCACUUCGAGGAUGGAUUGACAGGACACAGCAGGUCAUCUCGAGGCCUGAGUUUGGCGAACCAGGCGGAGCUGCCUGGGCCUGGGAAUGCCUGGGAUGACCAGACACAAGGGGUUGAGGUUGAGUCCAGCCAUGUCAUCCGUGCACUGCACGCUGCGCUCCAGGGGCACUUCGAGGAUGGAUUGACAGGACACAGCAGGCAGUUGACAAGGCCAGACAUGGUCAGAGAUGAAGCACGGAUGGAAGCUCACUGUGAAGGUGUCCAAAGAGUGGAGUGUGCACAGCAAUGGCAGGAGGUCCAAGCCAUCGCGCAGAACGCGGAAACGCUGCGCCUGUUGGCCCGGAAGCGGCGAAAGCUGAUGCGAAAGCUGGAAGAACGAGAGCAGCACUUGGAGCAAAACCUCGGCAUUCUGUCGCAUGUGUACCUACGCCAAGCGGAUGUGGAUUUGCAGCUGCAUCAAGUGAUGGAGGACUUGCGCAAGGCUUUCGCGGCGCAGCGGGAGGCAACGAGCCAAGAGGCGCACUCACAUCACCGCCAUAGUGCUGUGACUUGCACUUGGGCAGCAACGGGCAGCAACGGGCAGCAUAGGUUGAGGCCAGCAGAGCUUCAGACAAGGCAUUGCCAUCAGCAUCCAUCAGCCAUUCAGUGCAGUAGGCAUUCCCAGGCUAACUGCAAGUUGCAUGCCCCAUUGCUAGAGUUGAGAACGGUUGCACACGUACUUCCACGCGGUUUGCAGAGCAGUUUCAGAUAAUGAAUCUGACCCAAUGACGCAGAACGCGACGAAA